CGGACUAGUCUGCGGGUCUUCUCCACCGGGGAAUGUGGUAUCCUCUAGAUAGAUUAGGUCGACCGGUUUUUCUUGACUCAAUGGAUAUACCUCUCCGUUAAUCCGCGCCCAACUGUGGAUAUACGAAGUACCAUGGCUACCACGGGGAAGUCAGUUACGCUGGAUGACGCCCGCCGUGGGACGGGGUCUCCAAAAAUGAAGGCACGAGAGAAUGCGAAAGACACGCUUUGUCGCAACGUGACCAUCUAUGGUCGAUGCCGGUACGAAGAUAAAGGGUGCGCGUUUAAUCAUGACCCGCAUAAAGUGAAUGCGUCAUAUCAGAGUGACAGCAAUAAAAAACGGCUCAACGUCGACUCUCCUAGUUUCACCCCAUCCAUCUUAUCAUCCAACGGCUCGUCUCCCACUUCUUCAGCAGCAAGUAUGAAGAAAAUUACAACGAUAUCGCCCAAGGCUGCGAGCGCAGCUCCCUUCCAACCCAGGAGUAUAUCCUCAAGAUCGAACUCGAGCACUCCUACUACACGACCGGGCACAAUGACCCCCGAUUGGUCUGUGGCAGAGGUACAGGAAUUUGUACCUCAGGGCUUUGAUACUUCGCAUAUGGGCAAUGGCAGCGCUGGUGUUCCCAGCACGAGCGCCUUUGAUCCUUUUGUGACGGCCCCGAAUCCGCUUUCCGCAGCCAGCGCUGUCGGCCCAGUGCAGGCCAAUCCCUUUUCUCAUGACACUGCGGCGGCGUUGAACGGGGCAUUCUUUGCGAAUCAGUCCGGAUUUCAGCAGCCAGUUCAAUAUCACCUGUAUGCGCCGAUCGGACCUCAUAGUCAGAACACCCUGGGCUAUCAGCGAAAUGUGCAUGACCUUUUUCUCCCGAAUGACCUCCGUGAAGAAAUGCAGAAGAAGUCGGCCGCCACUCUCCAGACCCUGCCUAAUACCCAACUCCCGGCUCAGGUUGAUUACUUCCACUCCCUCGUUCCACUGGAUCUCAACCAUCAGAAAAACGCAACCAUUUUUGGAUUUCCCAGCUGGGUUUACAAAGCUCAGUCCAGUAAGGAUGGGAACUUUUAUGCUCUGCGGAGGCUUGAGGGCUUCCGAUUGACGAAUGAAAAGGCUAUUCGCUCCGUGCAAGCCUGGAAGCGGGUAUGCAACGGCAGUGUCGUGACGGUCCACGAUGCGUUCACCAGCCGAAGCUUCCAGGACAGCUCGUUGAUCUUUGUCACCGACUACCAUCCCCUGUCGAAGACGCUUGCGGAGCAGCACCUCGGGGCAGGAAAUCGAUUCCAGGGCCGCCAUAAUACGCAUAUCCCGGAACAGGUCAUCUGGGGUUAUAUGACUCAGAUUGCCAACGCUCUCAAGGCGAUCCACAGCAACGGGCUCGCUGCCAGGAUUAUUGAUGCCAGCAAGAUUUUGCUGACUGGACGGAACCGCAUUCGGCUGAAUGCCUGCGCCAUCAUGGACGUUGUGCAGUUCGACACGCAACGGUCGCUGGCCGAACUGCAGCGGCAGGAUCUCGUCAAUUUUGGGCAGUUGAUUGUCACCUUGGGCGCGAAUCAGCCCACCGUGAUGCACAACCCUACGAAGGCGAUGGAUCAUUUCACGCGGGCGUACAGUCCCCAACUGAAGAAUUCGGUCUUCUGGCUGCUCAACGGACUCCAGAAGGAUCAAGACCGCAACAUUGAUCUCUUUAUCACGGGCAUCUCGUCGCAACUGAUGUCGACUUUCGAUUCGGCUCUUCACCUGGACGACCAACUGACGUCGGACCUGAGCCGCGAGCUUGAGAACGGGCGCCUUGUACGGUUGAUGACCAAACUGAACUUUGUGAACGAACGACCGGAGUACGAGCAUGAUCGGCAGUGGUCCGAGAACGGGGAGCGAUACUUCCUGAAGAUCUUCCGCGAUUACGUCUUCCACCAGGUGGAUGCGCAGGGUGACCCGGCGGUGGAUCUGGGGCAUGUGCUGAUGUGUCUGAACAAGUUGGAUGCAGGGUCGGACGAGAAGAUCACGUUGGUGAGCCGGGACGAGCAGAGUUGUUUUGUGGUCAGCUACAAGGAACUGAAGAAGGCGCUGGAAUCGUCGUUCCAGGCGCUGUUGAAGCCGGCAGGACGACGGCUUCAUUAGGCAUCUAUCUUCUACGGAAGGUGAUAUAUAUGAUGGAUAGUAGGGUUACGCGACACGACCGAGGAAUGGCUCGUGGAUGUUUUAUGCCUGGCUCAAUCUAGGACA